CAGAGCAAACGCACACGCAAGGUUGGUGUGACCGGAAAGUACGGCACUCGUUACGGUGCCUCCCUGCGUAAGCAGGUGAAAAAAAUGGAAGUAACGCAGCAUGCUCGUUAUACCUGCACGUUCUGUGGAAAGGCAAGUAGUGAUAAUCUAUUCUCGUUCGACUCCGUUAAACGUCAAGCGGUCGGUAUCUGGAGCUGUCGUUCGUGUAAAAAGACUAUCGCAGGAGGGGCGUGGACAGUUGCUACGACAGCGGCUGCUACAGUACGGAGCACCGUUCGUCGUCUGCGGGAGUUGACUGAGGCAUAA